UUUUUUAAAUACUGUUUCUGAGACCCAAUGUUAAGCUAUAUUGAGACAUAUGUACUUAAAAAAUAUUUCAUAAGUAGAGAUAGUGUAGUCUGAAAAUGCAUGGUUUUAAGACUCCUUGCUUUGAUUUUAAAUAGCUGGGCAAGUGACCUAAUUUUCUCUUCACCAGACUUGCAUGAGCUAUAAAGUAAAGGAGUUGAGCAGCAUCUUUAAUCAGUGCAUCUGAUUCUGUGAUCCUAUUUUGUUUGUGUUAUUAUUUUUAUUAAUGUUGUUAUUCUUCUCCUUGUCAUCAUUGGCUUUUCUGAGCUACCUUAGGAACAAGUACAUUAUGUAUAACCUUAUUUCUAGGACAGAAUGAGUUUUAAGUUCUGCACAACCAACUCACAUUCCAAAUCUUUCUUCAGUGGUGGACUUAUAUGGUGAGGUCAAAUCUGGAUUUUCAUAAGUUCUUUCAAUUUUGUGUCCUAAUUUUUAAAAUCAAGGUAAAAUGUGACAGCUUUGAGUGUUUCUCCUUAUUUAUUAAUACCUUUCUCUACUCCAUUGUCAGCCUACUAUAACUAGGAUUAUCUCAAAGAAUCCUUACACAAUUACUUUGUUGGUUGCUUUCCUCAUGGCACUUGAACAAAGACUUUUAUAUGGCUUACACUUUUCCACACAGAACCAGUCGUUUUCGGGGUUCUGGAUAUCAGAGCUGGGAAUACUACCAGUAAAUGGGAAAAUUUUUUCCUCAAACAUUGUUAAGCUGUACGACAGGGAAAGACAGUGUCUGCUGAAUCUGAGUACUUCUGAGGGUCAGAUGAUUUUUUUUUUUCAUGCUAGGUAACUAUAGUUGCUGAAAAAGGAAGAAAGAAUCGGGGACUGGUCAGUUUUCAAUUUUAGCAACUUAGUGACUUGAACUCUGGAUUUUGGUAUGCAGAAAAGGCACCCUGCUAUGAUCAUUUCUUGACAGAUGCAUGUUCCAGUCCUUUAUCUGUGUGUUUCCUCUUCCGUUGGCUCAUUUUGCCAAGUUUUAAGGAAUUGAGGACUUUUUAGCCUCUGCUUAAAGUGUCCUCUCCUUUGACACUACACUUUUUUCUCCUUUUCUGAAUUAUCUCAACCUGCUCCCCCUAAAAAGAACGCUCAAUUGUUUUUUAAAAAAAUCUCCCUGUUGCAGGCUCCCCCUCCCCGCCCAACUUCUAAAGGAGAUGAAUAGUCGGGCACAUUGGCUCUUGGUUACCUGCUUGUCCUGAAAAUAGCCUUUGUGAACUAACUUUAGUCUCAUGUUUUCCCUUGCAAUGGAAGAGGUAGGUGAGAAAAAAAUGGGAUUUUCCUGUUUAACUUUAAUUAUGGGGUAAAUUGUGCAGUGCUUCAUGUCUCAUGUUCUCAAAGUAGGUAAUCAAAGAUGAUAGAAGUGCAUAUAUACCUAUUUUAAGAUUUGUCUACAUUGGUAUUUCCUCAGUUAUUUAGAAUAAUUUUAUAGCAGAAGUUGGCAUGCUGUUUCUGUAAAGGAUCAGCUAGUAAAUAUUCUGGGUAACUACUCAAGUCCACUUCUUUGCAUUGCCAUAGAUAUAUAUAAAUGAAUGGACAGUAAAAUUUUACUUAUGAUAGACACUGAAAUUUGAAGUUCAUAUAAUUUUUCCAUUCUUCUCCUUCUCCACCAUUUAAAAAUGUAAAAACUAUUCUUAGCUUGUGGAUUGUAAAAAAAGGAGGUUUGAUUUGGCUCUUGGGCCAUGGUUUGAUAAGUCAUGUUUUAGAAGAAUGAUGUUUGUUUCAGUUCAUAUCCUGUACUAUUUAAAUAAUUGUAAAAUUAGUAUAGUAUGAAAUUAGCAGAAUAAGCUUUCAAAUCUAAGAAAUCUGUUACCAGUGUAUUACCUACUCAUCUUAAGCCUUAGUUUCCAUAUAUAUAAAAUGGGAAUAAUAUGAGUGUUAUAAAUUACAGUUCUUAUAAACAAUGGCCCACCCUGGCUGUUGUUAGCAGAGUAGGGAAUUACUAAAGAAUAUUAGGUAGCUCCCAGAGUCAUUGGGGAAUGCCAGAGGUACAGACUUGAGUCCAAGCUUCUGGGAAUUUUUCUAAACCCGUACAGCAGAACGAGGGUUGAGAGUCACUGAUGGUGAGCAGUAAAUGUUAGGUACUCAACUUGAUGACAGAUGCUAUUACUGUUGGCUCUGAUGCUUUUUCAGUGACAGGAACUCUUAUGUUGUAUGUAACCAGAUGGAAAUGGUUGACUUGCUGCUGCCACCAUCAAAAACCAAGUGCUCACGCUUUGGUCAUGAGCAAAAAUGGAAGUUCUGUGCAUUGCUUACUUGUAAGUCAAAGUUUUUUGGAGAUUAGAUAUUAGAGAGAGAAUAAUAUACUAUGUCUCUUUGGGAAUUUUAAAUUCUAAGUACUGCAUUAGAAAUUGAAUUAGUAAAUUAGAAAUUACAUGAGUUCAAUAGAUGGUAGACCAUAAAAUGUAGAAAUAUACACAAAUUAAAAAUCUGUUUAAACUUUUAGUAUUGAUGAAUAUGGUGGAUGUCCACAACAGUAGGUACUUCAACUGUCCCCCAUUAGCAUGUACAUAUACCUCCAUUUGUACUUAAACUUCAAAAAACUGUAAUGAGCUCUUUGCUAAAAACUAUAAUUUAUGAAAGGUUUGUCUUCUAAGUUGGUGUGUGAGUUGGUUAUGUAGAGCCUAAAACCUAUUUUCCCUUCAAAACAAGAAGGUUCUAGAUAAUGGACUUGUUUCCAGUGACUAUUUUCCUGAGUGUUGUCAGCUUGCUACUACUAGGUGGCUAUUUGUCUGUUGUGAAAUAAAGUACUCGUUGGUGUGGAGGUAAGAGGCACUGAGUUACUGCUUGUGGUAGGUUGUAUUAUUCCAACACAUUUUCUUCUCUUUUCUUUAGUGGGCUUCUCUCUGCAGAGUUCCUACCUGACAGAAGGAGUACAUCUUCACAUUGACACCAGGCUUAGCCUUGGGACUUGGCUUUGGUUAAUGGAAGAUGAGAAGGGAGAUUUGCUGUGUUUAAGUAGAAGCUUUAGGAGCCAUUUUGUGUGUUGAUUUUUGUUUAUUUUCCUCUGCCAUAAGAAAAACACAUGCCAGAUAAAGGCUGUUUCUUUUGCCAGGAUCCCAGGAUGAAAAAGAUACCUGUAGCCAAACCAAAGCCAACAGAACAAAAUUGAGAAACACAUUUUUGUUCUAGUAAAAACAGUACUUCUCAAAGUCUAUUGAACCCAAGACCUUUAAAUACUAAAUUUUAAUAAUACUAGGCAUCUUUUUAACUGUGCUGACAUUGCAUUAUGGUUAAGUGAUAGUGGGGAAAACUGGUGCCUUAGGAAAGAUCAAUAGUUGCUUCAAACCGUACCUUUUAUCUCCACAUUUUUAUAGUAAACAGAGUUUUACCUAAUGUCUUCAAUGAAGCAGUAAAAGUUAUUAAUAAAAAAACUUUAAUCCUGAGUAUGCGCCUUUUUACAAGUCUGUGUGCUUAAACAGGAAAUGAACCUGAAGCACUUGUGCAUGCUGAAGUAUGCUGGUUGUCACAGAGAAAAGCACUUGUGCAGUUGAGUUGGGAGCCGGGAUAGCCUCUGAUGGAGUAUCAUGUACCCCUGAGACAUUGCUUCACUAAGGUUAUUCUAACAUGAGCAUUUGACAGAUGUUUUCUCAGGUGAACAAAAUGAACCUUUUACUUUGAGGAGGAGAACUGGCAGUCUCUGUUGCCAGUAAUAAAAACUGAAAUUUCACGUGAAAAUUAGAAUUUUGGAAAAUUCUCAGAUAAUGUGAGCUUUAGAGCCCCCAGGUGCUUAGACUUUUUCUGAUGAGCUUGGUAGUGAUAGUAGUGAAUAUAAUUUUUUAAAAAAUUUGGUAAUGUAUAAUUAAGUGCCAACAUUUGAGAGAUCUGCCUAACUCAGUGGACCAAUAUUUUAUGAUUGAUGAAUGAUGUUACAAAAUUAUGCAUGGAUAAAUGAUCCAUUCAUGUUGCCAAACCAGUGGAUUUUAAUGUUACAAUAUUGAAAAAUUCAUUGAUAGGGUUGAAGAUUCCACACUUCAGUGAAUUUUCGGGGCCCUAUCACUUGUUGAGUUUUGGUGUAGAAUCAAAUAAUAUUCAUAACUUUGAUUGUACACCACAGCUCAUUUGAAAAAGUCGUGAAAUACUCCUUUUUCAGCUGCAUAUCCAUGUGAGAGUGAGGUUGGAUUUUCUUCAUACAUUUCAGUCAAAAUGACAUUGCUGCUGAUUGGAUACAGAAGCAUGUGUGAUAACUGGUAUGUUUUCUUAAGGUAGACCUUAAAGAGAUUUGUAAAAGUUAAUGCUUCUCUUAGAAUUUUGUUACUUCUUUUGGAAAAUGUCGUUGAUUUUAAAUUAAUGUUAACACAAAUUUUAAAAGUUAUUCAUUUUAAUUUCUGACAUAGUAUAUGUAGCUAAAUUUUUUUGAGAUCUUCCAUUUUUAAUAGUAGAAAGAAGUUACAAGUCCAAAACAUUUAUGAACUAAUGUUGUAAAUGAUUAAGAUUUGUAGGGAUUGUUUGGUACAUCAUAACCUGGUACAUUGGCAGUAUGGUUAGGUCGGUCUUACUGAGAAAUACAAGUUGGUACAAUUUGUUGACAUUCUGUUUUGUUACUAUGGCUGUUUUUUUUUUUUUUUUUUUUUUUAAAUUUUGAAUUGGUUUCUGAUCUUUAUUUUUUCCUCCUGUUUAAAAAAAUUUUUUUUUUAAUGUUUAUUCAUUUUUGAGAGGGACAGCACGAGUGGGGGAGGGGCAGAGAGAGAGGGAGACACAGAAUUGAAAACAGGCUCCAGCCUCUGAGCCAUCCGGAUGCCCCUUAAAUUUUUUUUUUUUAAGUGUUUGUUUAAUUUUGAGAGAGGCAGAGCUUGAGCCCAAUGUGGGGCUCGAACUCCUCCUGAGCUGUGAGAUCAUGACCUGAGCUGAAGUCAGACACUUAACCAACUGAGCCACCCUGGCGCCCCUACUAUGGCUGUUUUUUUCCUGAGACCAUUGAUUAGGCAUUGAUGUUGCUGGGGAAAAGAUUUGAUUGACUUCCAAAAAAUGGGUUGUACUAUCUUACAUAAUUCCACAUGAUUAUGGAAGUCUUCUCUACAACAAGGACUUGUGGGGAGACUUCACAUGGGACAGAAAUAUUUUCACAUUUGGUCAGUCCAUCCAUACAGCUCUUCAUUAAAUUAUUCUGCCUACCUGUUUCUUGUGAGGACCUGACCUGGAAAUCUAGGCAUAUGAAAACUCCUCAUUUAAUAGUUGGUAUGAAUCUCACUGUUUCCCUUUCUUGACAAUGCAGACAAUGAGAUGUGUUACCCAGUGGGUGGAUUUCUCUUUUUAACUUUCCAUAAGAACUACUUCAGAUGGUUGAAAGAAUCCAUUUCUGAGUGAUAACCAGCAUAUAAUGCAAAGUCAUGUGUAAUCCAGGCUUAUAUAUUUUUUUCUCUCAAUUAGCUAGUCCUAGAGAAUCUCCUGUGUAGUGGAUAGACCUUGUUUGAGGAAGAAAUAGCAGUGAAUGAGGAGUUAGUCAUACAGAAUAUGAACCAUCUGCUCAUGCUUUGCAAGCAUCCUGAAUCUUGUUCGGAAUGUACUACAACCACUUGAUGAUAGAGUAUUUCUGUCACAUCAGCUUUGACUUUGUGGAUCAGAUGAUGAUAAUUAUUGAUGGGUAGCUCAGGUUUCAUAGUUACCUGUGGCUCGAUGUUAAUUCUCUACCAGUAUAAAAAGUACAGGAAUUAUUUUCAAAAGAGAAUCUUGGUUUGAUGAAGAAGGUAUGUUUUUGCCCUAAAAACUCCUAAGAGGUUUCCGCUCUGAUUCUCUUAGAGGGGUUUGCCAAUAGCUUCUUAUGACAUUGGUCUGUUGACACUCUGAGCACCAUUGCAAUCAGAGUUUCAUUAUGGUCAAGUGGCAGAGUUACUUGUACUUGCAUCCUGGAUUGGCUAGAGAAUUUUUCUCUUCCUUGGGGCCAUACUUAAAACUGCUGCUUUUCAGAUCACUCAGUAAACAGCGGUGCACAUAUAUUGGUAUAUAUUGUUUCCAAUGAGGCCCACCAAGCUUUCUGCUUCUUUGUUGUGGAAGUAUAGGGUUUCAUUUUGGAGGGAAUAUUUUGCCUUGCCGCACUCCAUUGGCUCCUGGAACUAAAUUGUGGUGGCAGGACCCUGUUUUUCCUUGGGACUUUUUUUAUUGAUCUUUUGGUAUAUGUGUUUUGUUAGGACAUCUAGAGUAAUGCUAUUUCUACCUCACAAGGUCUUAUUGACUUGAUUUUAUCAGUGUAGUGGACCAGCGUGAUGUGUAGUGGUGUGGUGAAAUAAUUAAGGUCAUACGAAAGCUAGAAACUUGACUUAGCUUGAGGUAAUAUAGUGACUGUGUAUUACUGUCCCACCCAAAUGAUAACAAAUUACUUCUGGAGUUCUUCUGUUUGUAGAAGUAGAGAAACCAUUUGCCAGAACUAUAGCUGCAGCUAUAACAGGAACUGCAGGUACUGCGCUAAAGAGAUCAAAUUUGGAUUACCAGCUGUAUUUCUAGUCAUUACAUUUAAAAUACACUCAUUCUCUAUGAACAUUUGUGUGUUCUGUGUUAACCAAACGGUUGUAUUAAAUGAUUAUCUGCUAGGGAUUGCAACCCUUGCAUCUUUUAAUUCUUUGAUAAUUUGCACACCACUCCCCUCCCACCCUACCCCCCCCCCCCCGGGCAAUAUUUUGUUUGGAGGGAGUGCUCCAGGGGUCUAUAUCUGAACUUUCCUGAUCCAGUAUAACCCCAUUACUCCAUUUGUCAUAGCAUCAUUGUAGGAUUUUGUUACUUGGUAGUCCACUGGAACUACGUUUUUCAGCUACAUAUUCAGCACCUGGGGAAAUACCUAUAGGUUGGGGGAUUGAUCCACUCUGUAUAAAUGGGCUUGGCCCAAAACUUAAUAUAUUAUUUGAAUGCUAUAAUCCUUUUUCCUGACACAUACGUCAUGGUUGGUGUUAUGUAAGAGGUCCUCAGGGAUUAGUUUAAGAGUUAGAUUUUUAUAGUCCCAAAAAUUUGGGUCAGGGUAUUUCCCUCUCCCAAGUACAUAGUUGCCCUGUUAAGUGGCUGUUGUUCUUCCAUGGAAAAUAACAGUACUUAUGAUAUAAUCAUAGGGUCUUGUUUGAAGGAUUCUUUGCUUUACCUUCAUUCUAGAGGCUCUAGGUCUAGGGACUUUGAGAGGCUGUGAUUUUCUAUGUGGUGGCUUAUGUCUCCUCUGUCAACCUCUGUGUGUCAUACCUAGAGUUGUUUAUUUGUGUAGGUUUAGGGAUCAGCAAACUUUUUCUUUUUUCAGCCCACGUAUUAAAUGUUUCAGGGUUUGUGUGCUAUGGUCUUCAAAAAAUCCAUCCAACUCAGCCAUCAUAGUGUUAACGCAUACAUAGAUAAUAUAUAAAUAAAUGGGCAUCUCUGUGUUUCCAUAAAACUUCAUUUUCAAAAACACUGUGGGUCAUAUUUAGACUGCAGGUUGUAAUAUCUGUACCUCUAGUAUAGAUCUUAUAGGAUUAUGGUGGGAUGUCCUAAUAUUACGAUUUUAGGGAUUUUCCACAAUUCUUGCAGACAAACCAAUUCGAUAACCACUAGGUUCCUGUUUCUUUAACCUUGUUUGGUACUACUUGAUGUUAUAAUUAAACAGCCAGCAAAAUCUAGAGUGUGCAUUUUGGUCAUAACAGCUCUAGAGCAGGAGUUGGAAAACCAUAGCCUACAGGCCAAAUGUGGCCUGCACUUGUUUUUGUUGACCCACAAGCUAAAAAUGUUUUUCACGUUUUUAAUUGAUUGAAAAAAAUAAAGGAUAGUGUUCUGUAAGUGAAAAUUCUAUGAAAUUCAAAUUUUCAUAUCAUGUAUAAGGAUUUACUGGAACACAGCCACAUUAGCUUGUUUACAUAUAGUUUAUGGCUGCCCUCUCUUCACAGCAAGAGUUGGGUAGUUGUGACAGAGACAUUGUGGCCUUAAAAUAAUGUCCUAUCUGGCCCUUUAGAGAAAAAAAAAAUACCCCAAAACAACAACAACAACAACAACAACAACAACAACAAAAACAUUUGCUGAUCCCUGCUCUAAGAUUGGAGAAAAACUCUUUUGUGUCACGAUCAGUAACGGACUUGUUGUUUGUCAGUGCUUUGACUCAAGAAUUUACAUUGUGAAUAUGUUGCUCUCUAUAUUUGAAUUCUCCAGUUAGAAGCUAUGUCCUACUCUACUGUCCUUGUGUAUCCACCUCAUGUCUUCACAGCUUCACACUACUGUCUCCGCUUGGUCCCCAGAGCCUUGUUUUAAAGCACUUUAUUACAGAUGACCGCAGUUGGUAAUUUAAUUUUGCCAUAGUCUGAGUAUAAACUAUCAGAGACCCAUCUUAUGUGAUUGUUGCCUUACCCCAACUAGAUUGGAUAACAUCCUCAGCUUCCCAUUACCUUGAAGGUUCUCCCAGAUUCUCAUCACCUCAGUGAUUUCAGAAUUUAAUGAUAUAAAUAAUAUUAGCCAAUGUUUUAUUCAACUUUUACUGUAGGCAUGCAUUGAGCUAAGCACUUUUCACACAGAAGUGCUUACUUAGUAUAGUGUCUGCCACAUAAGUAUUCAAAAAAGGUUAGCUGACAUUUACUUAUUUUUUCAUUUAGAUAUAAAUAUCCCUCCCCCCCAUACUUCAUGUGUGAUUAAAAAAAAAAAACCUCCUGGGCCAUUAAAAUUUUAAAAAUCACGUUAAGUUUAAAUUAGAGUGAAUGACGUAAAUUAACAUUUUUUGCCUAUAAUAUUUUUCCGUUUUAAAAAUUUAUAGGUAAAUACAGUAGGUUCUCAUUCACAGUAGUUAUGUUUAUAAGGUUGUUGUGAACACUGAAUUAGCACAUAAUGAACCAUUGCUUCUGGGGGGAAAUGCAGGGUUAGAUUCCUGUGAACCUCUGGUCACAUUUUCAUCAAGUGAUCAAUAAUAACCUUGUUUUCUGUGUUUCUGUUUAAAGACCACCCCUUAUUUUAUAUAUAUUGUUGAUUCAUUAACAUUUCAUUAAUGGCUGACAGCAUCAUAACUCCCUAAAUGAAUUAAGCCCAUCUAUCACACAUGUUUUCCGUAAGGCGUGUCACAGGAACACUAGACAAAACUUCAGCACUAUGCUUGGUGCUAUUUUAAAUAGUGAAAUCACCAAAAAUACAAAAUACAAAAAUUUGGCACUAAAUGUACCAUACAAAGGAUAUUUGUUUAUAGAAUGAAAGUUGAAACAAGAAGGCAGAAUGCUGCAUUAUUGGCUGGGGGUAUACAACAAGCACCUCAAGUUUUUCACUGUUCUGUACAGGACUGAGGAUUACAAAGGCACUACAAGUAUUGAUGUUGGGAUUACAUAUAAAUUUUAGCAAGUAGGCAGAUUUCACAAAUAUGGGAUCCAUGAAUACUGAGGAUUGACACUAUCUCCUCAGAUGCCACAGUUUUUGAUUUUAAUUUUUCUUUUAUAUUUUAAUGUUUUCACUUAUUUAUUUUUAAGUUGUGUUAAAAUACAUAUAAGCUUAUAGUUGAGUUGUGUUAACUAUAUUUACAUGGUUGUGCCACCAAUCUCCAGAACUCUUUAUACUCGUGAAACAACUCCCCGUUUCUCUCUCCCUCCAUUCCCUGGCAACUACCGUUGUACUUCCUGUUUUUAUGAAUUUAAGUACACUAGAUAAGUGGCACUAUAGUAUUUGUCUGUGACUGGCUUCUUUCACUUAGUAUUAUAUCCUCAAAGUUUGUCUAUGUUAUAGUGUGUGUCAAGACUUUGCUUUUUAAGGCUGAAUAAUAAUCCAUUGUACGUAUAGACCCCAUUUUGUUCAUUCAUCCUUUGAUGGACGCUUGGGUUGCUUCUACCAUUUGGCUCUUGUAAAUAUUGCUGCUAUAAACACAGGUGUGCAGAUAUCUCUUUGAGACAUUGCUUUUUUUAAACAAUGGUUUAUCUUUUAUAUGUUACACAUAUAUAUUGCAAAAAUGAAUGAGCUAACAACAGGUGUUUAUUACAAAGCAACAGGUAAAAGUUGUCAGUUUGACUUCGCCCCAUUCACCAGUGACAGCUGUUAUUUACAGUUUGGUGUGUAUUCUUUCAUAUGUACACAAUUCAAGCAUAUAUAUAAAAUAUGUGAAGACUACUGAAUAUGACUUAUUAACAUGUGUAGUAUAGUAGCAGUUGGGAUCAUAUGAGUACUGUUCUAUAUAUUGUUGAUAUUUCAUGUAAAUAUGUAUAUAUCUUAGUCUUAAAUACUAUCUACUAUUCUAAUUUCUGUCGCAUACUUUUGAAAAAUCAAAAUCAGGUUUUAAAUUUAAAAGUAAUGCAUACAUAUGGUAGAAAACUCUAAACAGUACAGAAUGGUGUGAAGAAAACUAAGAAUAUCUGGUCUUCCUUUAUUUUUUCUUAUUCCCUCCCAAUCUUACUUCCUGGAGGCAGGCACUGUUUGCUAUAGUAACUUUAAAUAAUAAAUUAUACCAAAGAUUCUUAUUUCUUGAUAUAUUAACCAUGAGCCACAUCUAAUAUGAAGGUUUUGAGGAAAUUAGUGCAUUUACUCUUCUUUACACUUCCUUUUUCCAACUUUCUGAAUAUUAUUGCAGAGUACAGAGUAGAGCUUGCAACUACUUAGUUCUAUACCUCCUUUUUUGCUGUAUGAUGUUUUAGAAACUGAAAAAGGAGUAAUUUUUAUGAUAAUUACUAUGUAAUAUUUAUGAGAAAGAAACCUAAUACUGUGUUAUUAAAUUUCUGUUCAACGAGAAUCUCCCACUGUCAGUGAUGAGUAUCCUUUUUUGUUUUUGUAUUUGUUAUUUGUAGGUCCGUCAUACUUAGCUGCCACUGUUUUUUCUAUCUCACAUUGUGUUUCAUCGGGUUCCUUUUUUCUUUUGUUCCUGUACCUUUUCAGUUUUGCCAUACAAGUAAAAUUUAAAGUUUUUAUUUUGACUCUUGAUGGAAAAUCUGACUAGUGAGAGCAGUGCUUUUAUGUCAUGAUAUGUAUAUAGAAAAUGAUACUAUUUGGUGGGUGGAGCUGCCUGCAGCAGAGGCCUCUGGUAACCCAUUUAUUUGUAGCAUACGUGCUGGGGAAACCCUGGGUUAUAAUAGGAAUCCAGUUUCUACAUAUUUUUCUCCUAGAACUUGGAGGACACUGGUCUGCUGUCUUCUGUCAUCCAGUAUUUCUGAUAAGAAGAUGAAUAUUUCUCGAUUGUCUUUGACGGCUUUCUUUGUAUUCUGGAAUUUUACUAGCGUGAGUCUGUCUAGUCAUGGGUCUUAUUUCAUUUGUUGUGUUGUUUUUGUUUUGUUGAGUCUUUUCACUUUGAAGAUUGAAUCUUUGUCUCUUGGAAAGCUUAUGAUGUGUUCCCCUCAACCCAUCACCUGCUUUUGAGAAUUAAUUUUACUUCACCUCUGUUUUCCACUUUGGGAUGUUUUGUGUAAACAGAUCUUGGACCCCCUAGAUCUUAAUUCAUUUUUAAUUUUUUUCUUAGAGAUUCACCUUUGUGUUUUGGGGGUUUGUUUUUCUUUUUUAAAGUUUAUUUAUUUUGAGAGAGAGCGAGAGCGUGCACGCCUGUGUGUGCAGUGUGGGGAGAGGGGGUGCGGUCGGAGUGAGAAUCUGAAGCAGGCUCCAUGCUCUCAGUGUGGAGCCUGACGUGGGGCUCCAUCCACGAACAGUGAGAUCAUGACUUGAGACGAAGUCGGACGCUUAACCAACUGAGCCACCCAGGCACCCUUAAAUAAUUUGGUAUUUAAUCAUGACCGUUUUCUCCUGGAUUUUGGUUUUCUCUGUUAACAGUUCUGUUUAUCUUGUUCUUCUUUCAUGCUGUUAGGUUUCCCCAUGUGGUUAGUGGAUCUUGGUUAGUAUUGGCAGUUGAAGUGUGUCUGCUCUAGUAUGUAGUUCUUUACUAGGGCCUCUAUCUUGAAUGGUAGUUUUGGUGUGGUAGGUUCUGUGAAGUUGGAUUAGGUGUGGGCCAGCAGACCAGGCCUCCUUCCAGGGAGGAUGUAUGUGUGGGUGAAGUGGCACCAUUCUAACUUAGGUUAAUUGUGGUGUCUUCAAACAUUGCAGGUGGGGAGCGUUUUGGUAUAUUUCACUUGGCUAGUAUUAAGAAACUGAUCCCUUUCUCCCUGUUUUUCCCUGCUCAACCCUCCCCCUUUAUUUCACUCUUUGUGUUAGAAGUCUGAUGUGCCCCGCCAACUUCCUGCUCUGCUUUUCUGUCAAGCCUGGCUACUCUCACAGUAAGGCUAACCUAGGCAGAAAUGCCUACUUCAUAGAGAUCAGCUCUUUGGCUUUAUCUUAAAGGCAAAAGCUGCCACCACCAUUGCUCUGAUUACCAGUCAGAGGAGGAGGGGUCAUCUAUCCAGAGUAAGGUAAUGCAGCACCCUUAUGAAGCACCUUAGUUGUUUCCUCCUGCUUGUAGUUGUGAUUAGUUUGAUUGAUAUUUAGAACUUCUCUAGCAUGUCCUUGAAAAGAUUUUGGUGCCUUAAUGUGAUUUCCUCUAUUAAUCCAGUCUUUCCUACUUUCUAUCUGCCCAUGUUUCUUUAAAAUUUAUGAUUGGUCAGUGACAUCUUUUCUUGUUUUGCAACAGUGCUGUCAACUCAUUUUAAUAUAAAUCUUUUCCCUGCCAUUUCAGGGGGGACCUUGGGAAGGAGGGGGGAGAGAGAGACAGAGACAGAGACUGAGAGAAAUUUAUUUUGUCUGCUACCUUAAGCUAUAAUUGACUAAUUUGUGACUGAUAAAAGGUAUAUAAGUUCUCAAACACCUUUUUCUUCUUUCGUGCCUGAGAAGAAUUGUUAAAUCAUCUUCUUUUCCCCCUAGUAACAACAUUUUAAUCUUCAGUCUAUGCCAUAUAAUGCUGACUGCUGUUCCUGGGCAUAUGGCUCUUUGUGGAAGAGAGCAUGCAUAACCAUAGUGAUGCUGCCGGUCAUCCCCUUCUGGGUGGAUCUUGUAUGUAUAUGGUUACAUGUGUGAGUGAAGUCACCGUUUUUAAGAAACACUAUAUACUGGAUAAUAAUUUAUUCAGUCACUCAUGAACAUGGUCAGAAGACUGAUAAAAUUGUGUUGUUACCUCUAGUGAAGCAUAGCAAAGCAGAGAAACAUUUUUGAAAAUGAUUUAGUAAAAGCCUGGGGGAAGAGAGUGAAAGAGCAGCUAGCUCAUCUUUGUGCUUUACGAUCUUCUGUGGAUGUGCAGGGUAGUUUUAGCACAAACUUUGCUGGAGGGGGGGAAAUAUGGCACUUUUGUCCCAAAUACCUUUUCACUUAACCACCUUGUAGACCUUGUUUGUUUUGUUUUUGUAAUGUCCUGAGGAUAUUAGGUGAAGGGUUUUAUUGCCUAAAUGUUUUUAAACUUUAGGCCUUUGAGGAAAAAUUGAGAAGAUAUGUCAGUGCAUACAACUGUAAUAAAGACAGGUGUUUAUGUACGUGGCUUUCAGACUUUUUUGGUCUGUAGUCCACAGUAAGACAUGCAUUUACAUUGCUGCCUUGUUACAUGUGUGUACAUGACACCGAAAUUAGAGUUCCGUGGAAUAGUAUUUGCCUUUCAUAGGAUAUACUUGUAUUGUCUCUAUUUCAUUAGAAGAAAAGGUAUGAUCCACUAACUUUAUAAUCCACUAAUAGGUUGUGACCUGCUGUUUAAAAACCCCUGAUUUAAAUCCUGAUCUGUUAGAGUACUGAGAAAAGGGAAGGAUUUGGAUUCAGGAGACCUAGGUGGUUCUAGCUAGCUUUAUGGCCUUGAGUAAUUUCCUUCUUUGCGUUUGUUUUUACAAGUGAAAAAUGGGAAUAAUAAUGUCUUGUUAACUUGAUAAUGAGGAUUAAAAAUAAAUGCAAAGUGCCUAGCAGUGCUAGGGAUAAUGUAGAUAUUUAAAAAUCAGAAGGUUUUUAUUAUCUUCAUUAGUUUUACUGUAUGCCACCUGUCAUGUUGAGUAGGCACUGAGAUGAGAUUCAAACGUUCUUACUUUUAGGGAGGCAGGUACAGAGACAUGUAGACAUAACUGCCUUACUGGUGAACAGGAUGUAAGUUGAGUAUAUAAGAGGAAUAGUAACCUAAUAGAGGAAGUUAGAGUUGGGCAAGUACAGGGGUGCCUUUUUUUUGUUUUAAAGUUUCAGGGAACAGGGUCCCUCAAAUUACCUCUAGCUAAAUGGGGUUUUACUUUAAGGCUACAUAAGGGAGGUAAGGAAAAACAGCAGUUAUUUAAAGCUGCAGAAAUAGAAGUUUCAGAGAAUUGCAGUACUGUUUUGACCAUAACUAAUUGUUUUCAUUGUCUGACUUCAUGGAUAAUUGGCACAUCUUGUGGAAUAUAACAGAAUUCUCAUGUGUUUCCUUCAGUAGCAGCAAUACUAGGUACAGAAUUCUGUCAUCAUAACUCAUUUCUGUCUCUCACUAGCUCACGUUCUACUCUUCUUUGCUUUAUGAUUUCUGUUGGUGUGUGAUUUCUGCUGACCCCUGUCACACUCUUGGUUUUUUUGACUCCUGGUAUUUUGGUUGCAAGCAACAGAAAUAGAUUAUAGAUAGCUGAAGCUACACAGAGGAAAGAUGUGGUGGUUCAAAGAAAAAAAAUUAUCAACAGAUCUAGGACAUAGAAAUCAGUGAGCUGACUUGACGGUGGUUAAUAAUCAGUUCAAAUUAUUUUCCUCUAUGGUUUUUCUCUUUAUAUUCCGAUAUCUAGGAUGGAGUCUGAUUUCCGGAGCUUGAGUUACGUUUCUGUCCUUUGGCCAGGGGUGGAGAGGACACUCGCUUAAAUUCCAGCCAGAAGUCUGCAGUAGAAGCUGUGUAGAGUGUUGCUCCAGAAGGGACACUGGGUACUGGCAGCCAACAGUCUACUGUUUUCUGAUCAUCCAAUAACCUUUGUUCAAGCACACUUUAAUGUCAGUGAAGAUGAAAGUAUAGUAAGUGAAAAUCGAUAAUGCUGACCAUGGUAUUUGAAUUAAAUGUGAAUGAGGUAUAAGAAAAGGUGCCUGUAAGAAGAUAUUGCCACUGUCCAGGAGACUCUAGGUAUAUGCAGCGAAAGAAGUAUAACAAACUUUAUGGGCAAAAUGAAGAAAGUGGUUGUGGUGAAAAGGAUGAUGUUCCACAGGAAGUGAUGCUGGCAAAAAAUUUCCCACUAAAGGAACUUUCUGAGAUGUUCCAUGACCUUGAAAAUGUAAGAGUUAAAAUGUUAGAAGCUGUAUGACAGUUCCCUGUGGUGUAUGAAAUCUAAAAGAUGCUCUGUACUCUAAGUUAUACCAUGAGAGAAGACAAACGUCAAACUACUUGUAAGUUAUUUACAAAGAAAUAAAGUACUUUAAUUCAUAGUGGUUCUCAUUUUAAAAAUUAUUAAAAAAUAUUAUUGUAUUUUUAUUAUAACAUUUAAUAUGGUAUAUUAGAAAAUAUUAGUUUUACUGUAUUUUUAUUAUAGAACAGUUUUUAAUGUUUUGAUAAUUUUAAACGUCACAGAACAGGUCCCACUGAAGAAGGUCACUUCGCUUGGUUUCAUCUUCCAUUAUCAUUUCUAUGACCACACUACCAUACAAAAUGGGGACUGCCUGUGUGUGUGUUUGAACUAACAACUGACCCCCCCCCCCCCCCCCCCCCCGCCCCCAGCUCCUUAAAUUGACCUAAUAGUUUUAGAAAAUGAUCUCUUCGUCGUCUGUUCUGACCUGGGAGUCCAUCAUAGAUUAGGUACAACUGAGAAAAUGGUAUGUUUUUCACGUACUUAAGGACUUGAAUUCUUGGAGGUGCUCUGGAUUUCGUUUCUUCCCCAAAUUGCCAAGUGUGGAUCUUAACAGUCUCAUGAGCUUUAUGAAGACGAGUAUGCAAGGUCAUCAAGGACAACAGUGGUUUUGUGUGUGUAUUCAGAACCUGUUCUGUACUAGGCACUGUGUAAAGGAUGUACAGAUAGAUAAGAGGUAGCAUAUUGGAGUUGUGUAUAAAUAUAGAAGAAUUAAAGUUCAUGAUACUGAAACAUUUUUAAUACUUUUAUAGUGUUGUUGAAUUCUUUGCUGUGUUCUGUGAUGUUGGUGAUGCCGCAAGAGUGAUUGUUGUUUUCAAGGAAAUUGGUGGGAACCAGAUUGAGCAUCUUUAUAUAGGUCAGAAGGCAACAUGUCUAACUCAUGCCAUAAAACAGAUAUUUUAAUGUUAAUAAUACAUUGUCUUAUUGGUGAUACAGGUGAGGACUUAAGUUCAAAGGAGUAAGAAGUUAUUUCCAGCUAGGGUAUUCAGAGCAGGCUUCAUGGAUGCAGUACAGCUUUUCAAGGGCUUGAAAGAUACCUUGUGGGCAUGUUUAUUUAUUUGUUUGUUUAUUUAAAAUUAUUAAUGCUUAGUUUUGAAACAGAGCAUGAGUAGGGGCGGGGCAGAGAGAGAGAGAGAGAGGGAGACACAGACCUGAAGCAGGCUCCAGGGUCUGAGCUGACAGCACAGAGCCUGAUGCGGGCUUGAACUCCCAGACUGUGAGAUCAUGACCUGAGCCGAAGAUGGACACUUAGCCAGCUGAGCCACCCAGGCGCCCCGGGCAUGUUUAUUUUUUUAAGUUAUUUUUAAAUUUUUAUUUGUUUUUUUUUUGUUUUAAUGUUUAUUUUUGAGAGAGCACAAGAGGAGCGGGGGAGGGGCAGAGAGCGAGGGAGACAGGACUCAAAGUGGGCUCUGUGCUGAUAGCAGAGAGCCUGAUGUGGGGCUCGAACUCAGGAACCAUGAGAUCAUGACCUGAGCUGAACGAAGUUGGAGGCUUAACCUACUAUGCCACCCAGGUGCCCCACUCCUGGGCAUGUUAACAGAAGCAUGUACCAAUUGGAGCAGACAAUGCUGGGAAAGUCCUAAAGAUAAAAACCCUUGUCUGAUUUGUCUUAAUUUUAUUACAUAACCCAUUUUGGUUAAUGAUGUUUGACCGCUGAUUGUUGGAUUAUUAAUAUUACUGAUUUUUGUUCUCAAAAGAAUGUUGCUGUAUGAUUCAGGAUUGUAUAGUAUAGUAGGUCUCAAAGUGUGGUCUCUUUGUAACCUGUUAGCAUUGCAAAUCCUUGAAUCCACCCCAGACCUAGCAGUUGGAAUGGAAAGAACAGGGGUGGGACCCAGCAAUCUGCUUUAACAAGUCCUACCUUGUUUUGAGAGGACUAGGCAUUUAUAAUUCAUUGUUACCCUUUGAAAAAAUCUGUAUCAUUUUUAUUUGAUAGAGCAUUUUUUUUUUUUUUUACAUAAUCUUUCCUAGAAGCUAUUAAUGAUUAAUCACCCAUUUGGUAACUUUGAUUAAAAGUCAUUGCUUGGGCACCUGGGUGGCUUAGUCAGUUGAGCAUCGGACUCUUGAUUUCAACUCAGCUCAUCAUCCCAGGGUUGUGGGAUCGAGCCCCAUGUCGGGCUCACAAGCAUGCACAUGUGUACUUUCUCUCACUCUCUCUCUCUCUUUUUUUAAAGUCAUUGCUCUGCAACUUAAAAUCUGGAAAUUAUUUAGGGGGCUGUUUUAAUUGUGAGUAGUAAUUAUAAAGAAAAUUGCUAGUACAUCUCCUUGGCACAUCAAGUAUACUUGCUGUUUUAUUGUCACCCAGAAUUUAAAACUGAGGUAUUGUGGCCAUUGGGUAUGUAGAAAGGAAACAUGUUCUAAUACUGUUUUUGACUUUCAUGAAAUCUUUUAAUGAUACUUGUCAGUUUUUAUACUAAUUUGUUUUGGAAUUGUAAUAAUUCAUUAUUUCUAAUUAAAUUCUAAUAAUUGAGGGACUGUUAGGCUUUUCCAAAGGGGCUGGACUGCACUUUACAUUCUGAUCAGCAGUGUUUGAGGGUUCCAAUUUGUCUGUAUCCUCAACAACCAUUAUUACUGUCCUUUUGUUUUGAUAGCCUUCCUUGUGGAUGUGAAGUGGUAUCUCAUUGUGAUUUUGAUUUGCAUUUCCCUGAUGGCUAGUGAUGUUGAAGGUAUUUUCAUGUGCUUAUUGGCCAUUUGUGUGUUGUCUUUGGAAUAUCUGUUCAGAUAAUUGGCCCAUUUUAAAAUUAUAUUGUUUGCCUCCUUAUUAUUGAGUUGUACUAUUCAUAUAUUCUAGACACAAGUCUCUUAUGUUUUGCAAAAAUUUCCUUCCAUUUUGUGGGUUUUCUCUUCUUUGAUGGUGUGUCCUUUGAAGGGAAAGAGUUUUAAAUUUUGAGGAUGGCAGUUUGUUUUUUCUUUUGUUGCUUGUACUUUAGGUAUCCUAGCUAACCAUUGCCUAAUCCAGAGUUACUUAGGUCUUUGAUCCAUUUUAAUUUUUUUUAUAUGGUAUGAAGUACGGUUCCAUUUUCAUUCUUUUGCAUGUGGAUAUCCAUUUGUCCCAGCACCCAUUUCUUAUAGUGACAGAUUUUUGUGAAUUUUUAUCUAUACUUCCUAGGUCUUUUUUUGUGCUUGAAGAGAUUUUGAGUUUUACUGUCUACACCCACCCCAUUGUCCAAGAAAGAAUAAAUUUACUAACUGUUGAAAAGACGCUGUGAAUAAAGCACUGUGUACUGUUUUAGGAGUCCUAAUUUUGGAAGGACAUAAAGUGGAGCAGAUUUUUGUUAAUUGUUAGGUCACAAAUUUUUAAAAUGGGAAAUAGAACACUUGGGAGUAAGAGACUGGAAGAAAGUCCUUCCAGUUGCUAACUAGUUUCAUUUAAAGUAGAGUUAGACUUGUUUUGUAUAGUUCAAGAAGCUCUGAGUAGGAAUUACAGGUAAAUACAUUUGAAUCCUAGAGAAGAAAGAACUUUGAAAACAAUUAGAGCUGUCUAAUAAUUUACUAAAAAAGCACCUUUAUGCAAAAGCACUCAACAUUGGAGAAGCUCAAGCAGAGGUUGAAUGAUGGGUCAUUUUGUCAUUAAAAUUACAAAAUGAGGGGCUCCUGGAUGGCUCAGUUGGUUGUGUCUGACUUCAGCUCAGGUCAUGAUCUCCUGGUUUGUGAGUUCCAGCCCCACAUCGGGCUCUCAACUGUCAGUAUGGAGCCGCUUCAGAUCCUCUGUCCUUCUCUCUCUCUCUUUCUUUUUCAAAAAUAAAACCAUUAAAAAAUUUUUUUCUUUAAUGGUUUUAUUUAUUUUUUGAGAGAGAAAGUGAGUGGGAGAGGGGCAGAGAGAGAGGGAGACACAGAAUCAGAAGGAGGCUCCAGGCUCUGAGCUGUCAGCACAGAGCCCAGUGAGGGGCUUGAACUCAGGACCUGCGAAAUCAUGACUUGAGCCAAGGUGGACGUCCAACUGACUGAGUCACCCAGGCGCCCCCAAAAUAAAACAUUUAAAAAAGCGUUUUAAAAAAAUUACAGAAUGGGUUUCUCCAUGGAAUGAAGUUUGUUGAAGGUUUUCUAUUUCCUAUUGUUUUCUUUCACAGUUGUGAAGGGUUUUCUCUUCAGGGUUCAUCCUCUUCCACACUUUUGUCAAGUAGGAGAAUGAGGAAUAUAUAGAAGAUAAGUUCAUACCAGUCCUUGUGGCUCAUGAUCAUAGAUUAUGAACAUGCUAUACUGGGCCCUAUCGCAGUAAUAUUUGCACCAGUUAAGUUGAAUGGGCAGCAGCAACUUGUGAUUGGCGGUACCGGAUAUUCAAUUGCACAUCCCCACAUCAAUGCACUGCCAAUGGGUUAUAUCCUGUGUUGUGACCUCAUGGUUUAAGUGGGAAUAAAGAUGAGUAUAAGCAGUGAUGAGGUCAACUUCUUGGUAUAUAGAUACUUGCAAGAGUCAGGAUUUUCUCAUUCAGCAUUUACCUUUGGUAUAGAAAGCCAUAUCAGUCAGUCUAACAUAAAUGGUGCCCUCGUCCCACCUGCUGCAUUGAUUUCUAUCAUCCAGAAAGGUCUACAGUAUGUAGAGGCAGAAGUUAGUAUUAAUGAGGAUGGUACCUUGUUUGAUGGUCGACCAAUAGAGUCUCUGUCACUGAUAGAUGCCGUAAUGCCUGAUGUAGUACAAACAAGACAACAAGCUUACAGAGAUAAGCUUGCACAGCAACAAGCGGCAGCCACCGCAGCUGCCACAGCUGCCACAAACCAACAGGGAUCUGCAAAAAAUGGCGAAAACACAGCGAAUGGGGAGGAGAAUGGAGCACACACUAUAGCAAAUAAUCAUACUGAUAUGAUGGAAGUGGAUGGGGAUGUUGAAAUCCCCCCUAAUAAAGCAGUUGUGUUACGGGGCCAUGAAUCUGAAGUUUUCAUCUGUGCCUGGAACCCUGUUAGUGAUCUCUUGGCAUCAGGGUCUGGAGACUCAACAGCAAGAAUAUGGAAUCUUAGUGAAAAUAGCACUAGUGGCUCCACGCAGUUAGUACUUAGACAUUGUAUACGAGAAGGGGGGCAAGAUGUCCCAAGCAACAAGGAUGUGACAUCCCUAGAUUGGAAUAACAACAAACUAGGACUCCCCAUUCUGAAGUGUGGUGUUAAAAAAAACAAAGACUGGCCCUCCAGCAGUCAGACCGAGGUUCAGCUUGCAGCUCUUCAGUUUGUCUUGCAGCAGAACCUUUGUAAAACUGGUGGUGGCCCGCUCUGCAUCAUCUUCCUCACGUGGAAGAGUGAAGGUACACUUCUAGCAACUGGUUCAUACGAUGGAUUUGCCAGAAUAUGGACUAAAGAUGGUAACCUUGCUAGCACCUUGGGGCAGCAUAAAGGCCCUAUAUUUGCAUUGAAGUGGAAUAAGAAAGGAAAUUUCAUCCUAAGUGCUGGAGUAGACAAGACUACAAUUAUUUGGGAUGCACAUACUGGUGAGGCCAAGCAGCAGUUUCCUUUUCAUUCAGCACCAGCACUGGAUGUUGAUUGGCAGAGCAACAACACCUUUGCUUCUUGUAGUACAGAUAUGUGCAUUCAUGUCUGUAAAUUAGGACAAGACAGACCUAUUAAAACAUUCCAGGGACACACGAAUGAAGUAAAUGCUAUCAAAUGGGACCCAACUGGCAAUCUUCUGGCCUCCUGUUCUGAUGACAUGACUUUGAAGAUAUGGAGUAUGAAACAAGACAAUUGUGUCCAUGAUUUGCAAGCACAUAAUAAAGAAAUUUAUACUAUCAAAUGGAGUCCAACAGGGCCAGGGACAAAUAAUCCAAAUGCCAACCUUAUGUUAGCAAGUGCAUCCUUCGAUUCUACUGUUAGAUUAUGGGACGUAGACCGAGGAAUUUGCAUCCAUACAUUGACAAAACACCAAGAGCCUGUGUACAGUGUGGCUUUCAGUCCUGAUGGCAGGUACCUGGCAAGCGGUUCUUUUGAUAAAUGUGUGCACAUCUGGAACACACAGACAGGUGCUCUAGUUCACAGCUAUAGGGGAACAGGUGGAAUUUUUGAAGUUUGCUGGAAUGCAGCAGGAGACAAAGUUGGAGCCAGUGCAUCAGAUGGUUCAGUUUGUGUAUUAGACCUUCGGAAAUAGCGCUACUAGUUGGAAGCCAUGGACCGACUAUGAAUGUGUACAUAGCCAAAAUGACUGUCCCUGACCCAUGUACUGCUAUAGUCCCACUUGAACCAUGGCCAGUCCACUACAGCCAAAUCUAAAAGAAAUAUAUACAUACAGUGUAUAUAAACAAAAUUGCACCCUGAAGAUGACAGAAUUUUGUCACAGCUUGUGAAUUCUGUUCACCAAGUGCUGGAAUCUAAUCUGCUGUGCCCCUAAAAUAGCAUUUAGAAGUUUUGGAUAUGAAAAACAGAAGAGAAAGAAAUAUGCGUUAUAAAAGCAGCCCAUAUGUGUACCAGUUUUUGGAUACUAAUGACAGCCUUGUUUCUCCCCUUUGAAUCAGAAGACACCAUGGAUUAUAUUCUUUUUUCCCUUCAGUAGUUGAGCAGUUUGUAUGUACAGAGAAAAUGGACUUACAAAAACUUGCAGCAGUAGUUUGUUCUUGCUUUUAAACUUUGUUUUCGGUUUAGUUUAUGGAUGCAUGAAGUAAGGGAGUGAAUCAGUUUCUUGUUUAUAUUUUUUUCACCUUUUAAACAAAAAAUUCUUAAAAAUAUUUUAAUGCAUUCUUUUGAAGAGAUAGAUGUUUGGUACAUUUUAUGGCUCCCAGAGCAUAUAUUCAAUUGGUGCAUGUUGUGGAAGGGGGAAUUGGAAAGUGAAUGAAAAUAUAUGACUUUUGGUCAUGUCAAUCUGUAAGACACAUCAGUAAAAGGAUAUUAUGCUCUGUUGUUUUUUUUUUUGUUUGUUUGUUUUGUUUUGUUUUUGUUCUUUUUUUGGUGAUGUGGCUUAAAUGCAGUAGUUUCUUUUUUGGGACAUAUUUCUGCCAAUUAAAGACUAGAAGGGCACAAUUUUUUUUAAUACCAUAGAGAAGAUGCAUAAAAAAAAUCUUCUGAUGUUUUGUAGCCAUAACUAAAUUAUGGUUAAAAUGUGCACUAUUGUGAAAAGGAGCAAAGUAGGUUUGGGGUUUUUUUUUUUGUUGUUGUUUGUUUAUUUGUUUGUUUUGCUUUGUUUUUUAAGAGAUUAAAAUGUUUCUGGAUAAGGAUUAGCUUCUCAAAGUGUCCAUCAUUCUGUGUAGAAGCUGAAAAAUGUAAUGUAACCAAACUCCAGUAUUAAAAAUCUCUCAUGUUGUUUUUCUUUAUACAAAGCAAGAUAACGGCAUAUAACACUGCCAUUACAUGGCAAAAUGUUUGCUACCUUAGUUUAAAAACAAUCUUUAAAACAAAAGACUUGCUUCAAGGUGUUUUUAAAUAGCAGUGAUUCAGAAUUUAAAAAAGAAAAAAAAGUAUAAUUGCACUAACCUCCCUGCUGCUCCGAUUCUGCAUUCGUGGUACUUGUGACUACAUUUUUUUCAAAUACGGAUAGAUUUAAGCUGCUAUUUUUUUUUUGUUUGUUUUUCAGUAAUCACUACUAUAUCAUGUCUUCUACUCUGUUUAUAAUAUCAAGUAUUUUCUUAAAGAUAUAGGUAUCAGAGCAAACCUCUUCUUAACGCUCAUGCAACUAAAAGCUAAAAUACACAGAAUUUGCAAAUGAGAGCAUUUGUUUAUAUGUGUGAUCAACAGGGUUUGUCAUGAUUAAUGUAAGUAUCCACAAGUGUCAGUUUUGAAGAGAAUAGUUGUCAAAUUUGUAUCUCAAAAGAUUAUAAUUAAGGAGUUGCUUAUUAUUAAGCUUAGCAAAUUUAUAACACUAUUUCUGUCACUAAUUAUUUUGAGGCCUUUACUACUAAAAUUUUAAUCUAUGUUUUAAGUAGAAACUGAUUUAACCCAAGUAAUGCAGCUUUGAUUUUUAGCAUUUGUUGUUUUGCUAUUUUUACAAAACAGCAUUGAUUGAAGCAAGUCUUGGUUUUACUAAGGUAGGAUAGCAUUUGCUAUUGGUAAAGAGAAUAAAUACACUUAAUUUCACAAUACAUUGUUAUAUGUACCCCAAUUAUUGUUAGUGGGGACUAUGAUACUGUAAUAAUAUUUUUUAAAAUUUACAUCCAGAGAGGCAGUCAUUCAUGAUGGUUUUGUGCCAGCUGUUUUUAGGGUUUUGGAUCACAUUAUAGAUAUUUAGAACUAUAACCCUGUGACUUAUGUAGGAAACCUAAUAUGCUGAGUAUCUGGCACUUGAAAUCCUGCUUUUAUUGCUAGAGGUCCACAUCUGUGGUUAACCUCUGUUGUUGUUUUAAAAAAAUAAAUAAAAAUUUAAAAAUCUGUGCAAUAAUUUUUAAAUGUGCUCCCAGGAAUAGACACAAAUGUUUUGAGUAGGUUUAAGCUGCAUUUUCCUUUAGCGAUGCAUCUGUCAAUUGCACUGAAUUUAAAUCUGAAAGUCAGAGGUGAUUAUUGAUAGUACUUUUGUAUUUUGAUAUGGACAAUUUAUUCAUUUGCAUACAGUUAUUGACUUUUUUCCCCCAGCUGAUUAAAAGUGAUAGUCAAGAAGUUCUGCAAUAUAGCUGCCAAAAUAGACAGCUACAUUUUUAUGGUAUUGUCAUCUUUUCUUUUUUCUUUUUUUUUUUUUUUUCUUAAUCUUUAGGUAUUUUACUUAAGCAUAAUAGCCACAAUAGGACAUAUUAAAAGAUUAUAAAUACAGAGCUUUAUUAUCCUGAAGUCUUGGGUCUUUUAAGUAUAAACUUUAUCUGAAAGGUAUCCAUUUUGUAGGCUUGGGUUCUUUAUGAGCAUACAGUUGUUUAUUUUUGCUGCUGUUCUCAACAUCAUCAUUGCCUGCUGAUGUGCCACCAUGCUGCUCCAAUAGACAAAAGUAAGAUUGCCUUGAAUUUGAGCAGUAACUUGAUUGUAGGAGACCAAGUUUCACAGCCUGCAAAAUUCUGUAUUUGAGGUUCUUGGCUCAUUUUUCCUUCCUUUUUUUUCUGAGAACUUACUCCUGAAGAUCAACUGAUUCCAAUAGAUUUUCUAUCGGUAUUCAUUAUAUAUCAUUGUUGUAUAAGCUACUGUAAGAAACGUAUAAGGAAAAAUAGAAAGGAAAACUUGAAUGAAUAGAAUACUCAUUGAUUGAAGUAGAAUAAAGAAAGAGCAGCUGUCACUCUUAAACUUCAUAAAGGAAUAUCAUUUUUCUUCUCCAUGUAGGAAAUCUGAUACGUGCUUAUAUUUGUUCCAAUCCCCAUUUCUGUCAUUGAUCAGGUACCAUCAUUGACUUUAAAUGACUUUUAGAAAUGGUAACUUUUCAUUUCCUAAUAGAUAUUAGAGUAUAUUGAAUUCUGUUUUAAUGAAUAAUUCUCUAGGUAAGUAUGUUUUAGGAUUAAACACCUUUUACAGAUACUGAAAGUGCCUCCUUUUGUGGUGUAAAAAAACAAAUUAUGGUGCAAAAAGUAAUUAUUAGAUUGAAUUACAUGAAGGUUUUUUGCUUUUUGACAUAAAAAUGUCAAGAGAAAGGCCAAAGAUUUGUACUUUUUCACUUAUAAAGCACUCCUUUUUUCCUUAAACUUCUUUCUGUCAAAUUAGAUUUAAUGAGAGAGUACUAUUUUUAAGGAGCUAUCUGUUUAUGUAGAAUGAUUUUGUUAAGAGUAAUGUAAACUAUUAACGCAUAGAGGCCUGAAGAGGGGUAUGCAUUUUUGCUAUUUAAAGGAAUCACGAAUGACUGUCCUUAUGUGAGCAAAAAUGUUCAAUUUUACUAAGUAAGCAGAAAAACAAAUCUCAAAUGCAGUGCUGUUUACUCUUUUCAAAACCGUUUUCAUUUUCUUGAGCACAUUGUACAUUUCUAUAGAACCUGCAUUUAUUCUCACAUGCUAAGGGUGGUACUUGCAUUUGGUGAAUUACUGUUGAUUGUUUCCACAGAAAUUCUAUUUCAGUGGACCAACAUUGUGGCAUGGCAGCAAAUGCCAACAUUUUGGGGAAUAGCAGCAAAUCUACAAGAGACCCUGGUUGGUUUUUUUUUUGUUUGUUUGUUUUUGUUUGUUUUUCCUUCUGAAUCAGCAGGGAUGGAAGGAGGGUAGGGAAGUUAUGAAUUACUCCUUCCGGUAGUAGCUCUGAAGUGUCACAUUCAAUAUCAAUUUUUUUUUAACAUGAUUCUAGUUAAAUGUAGAAGAGAGAGAAAAAGAGGAAGUGUUCACUUUUUUUAAUACACUGAUUUAGAAAUUUGAUGUCUUAUAUCAGUAGUUCUGAAGUAUUAAUAGCAUUCUUUGUUUCUGCCUUUACGUUGACAAUGUUGAAGCAGGGUGAAUAACUAGGGCAUAUUUUUUUUUUUUUUUUUCUAGUAAGCUGUUUCACAAUGUUUUCUUUGGCGUUUCUGGAUAAGUUCAAGAAAACAUUCUGCAUGUUGUAUCUAGUCUGAUGUACUUAUCCAUCUCAUUAAAAACAAACACAGACUGCAUUCUGUAGCUCUGUAAUCCCUAAAUACAGAAGUAAUUCUCUUCUUUCCUGACUUUGACAUUGUAGCUAUAAUGUUCUAAUUUUGAUUUCUACAAAUCCUUUGGGUCUAAUUCUGUGAGCCUACCUAUAGCACUGGAUUAAAAUGUCUGCAUCAUUUCUUUAGUUAUCCAGUUAACUUUAAAACUGUUGUAAAAGUGUAAACCAGCCCAUGACAGUUUUUUGUACAUGUUAAAGAACUUUAUUGUUCAGUUUUCAUGAUUAUUGUGUAAGGAAGACUGAUAUAGAUGUUCUAUGCUGUCCUGGACCAUGUUAAUUACACUUCUGAUGUAUUUUGGUUCCACAUCACAAUGAUUUGUCCCCAAUGAUCCUUUUAUCCUUUCUAGGCACAUUUUUUUUUUUUGUUGUUGUUGUUGUUGCAGUUUCCCUUUGCAUUGUAUUGCUUUGACAACUGUAAUUUGAAUCAGAUCUGAAAGAGGUCCAGAAUAAAAUAUAUUUUGAUAUUAUGUUGGCUGUGUACAUAUAUAAAACCUUUGAUACCUAUGUAGUUUGUAUAGACUGUUUACUAGUCAAGUAAAGAGAGGGAUGCUAUUUCUUGUUUACAAUUUCUUGUUUACAUUUUAAUUGCAUUUACUCCUCCAAUGUUCUAUUGUAGGAUAAACUUUUUUUGCUUUGAGUUAGCCUUCCUAACAUAUAACAUGUCUAUUCUUCCCAAGCUGUUGUUAUCAGUUGUAACAACUGCCAUCAGAACCCAAACCACUGUUUUUCACAACUGUAUUGUUUUCUAAGCUAUAUGUUUUAAGCCCAUAGAUAAAAUUACAAAUUUUACUAUUUUAUUACCUCUCACAGGAGAUGAAAUUUUUUAAAUGAAGGGAUUAUUUACUAUUUUUAUUAAAGAAUAAUAGAGCAUUUAAUCAGCUAAGAAAUAAACAAUUGCUUUGAAUUAUUUUCAAAAAUAAUACUGUAUUGAAAGGACAUCGUUUCACAUAAACUAAAAGAAA